AUGCACACCGCCGUCCUUCGACAACUCAGCACACCAUCGACUCGUCCCUCUGGCACCGCAAACGGCGGCUUCGGCAGUAGCGGUGUCCGUGACGGCAGUGCACCAGCUCCUCCUAGCAGAGGUGACGGUGCUGCGACAGCGCCGCAGCAGCGGUCGUCGCACGGCGUGAGCUCCGAGCUCUGCUUCUACGAGACGUUUAUCUUGUCCGAUGUCGACGUGCAUCUUGCCCUCCUCGAGGAGGCGCACUACAAACACGGCGUGUGGCUCAACGUGCCACCGCAGCUCGCGCCCUCCUUCCCGAACGUCGGCCCGCCCGCCGUGCCGGAGCCCAUCUACCCAUCGGCACAGCGGGAGCGACUAGCGGCGAUGACGGCAGUGCAGAACAAGCGCGGCCGAGGCGCCAGCGGCGGCGGCAGCACGACGGAUGCGGAGCUCAUAGUGGAGCCGUCGUGCCUUGCCUACCGCCCCACCCACGACCCGCCGCCCUUCUCCACGACCGGCACGCGCUCGCUAAGGAUUCCAGAGCAAAGGCGGGCGGCAGCAGAAGCAGCCGCCCCGGGCGCAAGCGACGCCGUCCCCCGUGUGCCUCCGUCUGCACCGUUUUCCGUGACAGCGUCAACGGGAGAGGCGAGCUUCGCGGAAGGCACCACCACUACUACAAGCAGCAUGCGUGCGGAAGUACAGACAGUUGCCGUACGCAUGCCGGUGGUCCCGUCAAUGCUGUACCACUGCAGUGCGUGCAGUCGCCCGUUUAGGCGACGCGAGGCCGCAGAGGAGCACGUGCAGCAGCGCCACGAGCCGCGCGGCAACUGCAGCGGCGUCAGCGCCGCUGCAGUUGUGGUGGAGGGUCCGGGGCCUGGUGAGAUUAUCGGAUACGAGGAGAAGGCCGUCGUCGUGGCGGCCACCACGACGGCCACCAGGACGGCCGCUGCUGCCCGCGUGACAAGUUCUUUGCCAAUGAAAGCAGCAGCGAAGGCGAAGGGGGUGGAGGCGAGCGCUGAAGUCGCGACCGCCAAGGGCGUCGCCUGCGCCUCGAGCACUGUCAAGCCCUCCGCCUUUGAUCUCGCUGCUAGCUACCGCGCGACACCACGAGUUGACCGCCCGUCGGACGAUCUUAUCGACGAACUCCUCGAUGCCGUCUGGGACGACGUGGCGCUGGCGCGAGAUGACAUCGUGAAGCCGUCUGACCUUCCCACAACACGAGCCGACCGUUUGCAACACCCGAAGCGGCGUUACGACAGCUGCCAAGGGCGCUGUUUCAUCCCCAGUGUGCUCAUCGUGGAGGGCGUCGCCGACAACCGCGCUGAGCUGGAGGCGGCGGUGGAGCGGGCCGCUGUGCGAGCCACGCCAGAUGGCGCCGCGCCAGGCAUCAAGCGUCGGCCUUCGUCUCUGUUUUCGGUGUUUUCGCCAUCCACGAUGGCCCCCCGGCUGCUCCCAACGCAGCGGCGCAACGCCGAUGGCACGCUCGGUGCUGGCGGCGCCGAUGCCGCGGCCGCCGGCGGCGGCAUCGGCGGUGGGACUCUUGGGGCGGCACCGACGGCGCAGGAGUUGUCUGUAGCGGAGCUCAGCCGCCACUACCCGAACCCGUUCGGCGACAGCCCAAACGCUGUGCUGAUGGAGUUGGAAAAGGAGCCGAUCAACCCCUUCAUCGACCUCGAGGGUCAGGCGGCUGAGGUGGCCGCCGCGGCGCAGUCGGGUGCGGCAGACGGUAGCACCGCUGACGACGCUGUCUCUUCCCCGGCCACGAAGGAGAUGGAGUGGCUGUCGCGGUGGGCAGCGAGGCCGUACGCGUGUCCGCUGUGCCAGCGACGCGCCUUGCCAGACUUGAUGAAAAUCAUGGCGCCGCUGCUGCCCCCGUCAUUGGUAGCAGGCAGCGAGGCAGCCACCUCCGCGGCGCCGACUGCCGGUGUAUACGGUGACGUUCAAGGAGCCAGCCCACAUCCGAGGUCUGGUACGAAGGGGGCCGCUUCUACUGCUGCAGGGGAAACGUCGGCCGCGACUGCAGGCGCCUCCACGUCGAGGCCAGUAGAGGGUGUGCCCCCCUCAGGCUCCCUCGAGGACGAACCCUUGGUUGCGGAUGUUGAGGCGUGGAGCUGGUACGCCGAGCGGGUGCCGCGCUUCCGACUACUGGACUCCCUCGAAGACCACUUGCAGUCGAAGCACGCCGGCUACUGUGGCGGGGAUGACGAGGCAGCGGCUGCACUCGACGAUGACGAUGGCUGCACUGGCAGAGACGGGGGCGACACCCUCUCCGAGGCGGACUGGCAGUUCCUCUACCGCGUUGCCAGGCACCAACAGCUGCUAGCGCGAGCCGAGUUGCUGGCGGUGCAGCAGGCGUACCGCGUCAUGUGCCCCAAGCGGCACAGCACCGCUGCGGAGUCCUUUAGCUCCAUUGAGAGCGACGGCGCCGACCUCCCAAAUCAUGUCGGCGGCGAUGCCGGCAAGGACGGUGCCGCGAACGCGGCGAUUCACGGCGCGGUGGGUGGCGCAUCGGCGGGUGGGUCGCCCACGUCGGGGUCCGCCAUCGGUGCCACGACUGCCGAUGGCACCGAUGCCCCUCAGGUGCACGUGCGAUCGGCUGUGAACACGGUGCUGAUCGGCACGGUGCGGGAUGUGCAGGAGGGCUUCCUUGGCGCGACCCGCAUUCUGCAGUACGUUCUGGCAGUGCGGAACACCUCUGCGGAGUCGUUGGGCUCUGCAUCCGCAGACGCGAUGGGGAGCCACGUGGACGCCGGCAACGGAGAGGACGAAGGCGCAGGCGUGGACGAGGACCUGAUCGUUGUGCGCUGUGUCGGCGACCUCGUCCCUGUCGCGCUGCUGAAGCAGCAGGCCCGUUUGGGCUCCACCAUUUUCGUUGCCGGGUCGCUGCGUCUGAAUCGCAACGUCGACACGGUGUCGCGACGGUCGCAUGCGUACCCGUAUGUGCAGGUGGUGCCGCCCCUUGGCUGCGUGCGUGUCUUGGAGGCGUAG